AUAUAUAUUCAAGAACGAGUCUUUGAGAGAGAUUGAGACUCGAUCGACGAUUCCAAACCCUUGUUCUCGGUUGCUCCGGCAGCUGGAUCCUUCACCGGGAUUCGAUUUCUCUCCGAUCGGCUAUCGCCGGCCGUUAUUGUACUGGUGGUUCUGGGGUUUGUUGUUGUUGUGUUUGUGAUCUGAACUGUGGGGUGGUGUGAGAAUGGAGCAGAGGAGAGGUGGGCAGGUGUCGAUCUCGCCGUCUGCGACGCCAAAAUCGAGUGAUAAGUCAGUGAGAGAUCUCCGAUCUAAUGAGAAUGGGAGCUCGAGCAAGCAUGAUAAGGAGAAGGGAGUCAAUGUACAGGUCCUUCUUCGUUGCAGGCCUUUAAGUGAGGAUGAGCUGAGGGUGAACACGCCGGUGGUUAUUUCCUGCAAUGAGCACCGGCGUGAGGUCUCGGCCAUUCAGAACAUUGCCAACAAGCAGAUCGACAGGACCUUUGCUUUUGAUAAGGUCUUUGGCCCAACAUCCCAGCAGAAGGAUUUGUUUGAUCAGGCUAUAUCACCUAUAGUGUUUGAGGUGCUCGAAGGCUACAAUUGCACCAUCUUUGCUUAUGGACAGACUGGUACUGGGAAAACUUACACAAUGGAAGGAGGAGGGAGGAAGAUGAAGAAUGAAGAACUUCCAAGUGAUGCUGGCGUCAUCCCAAGGGCUGUUCGCCAGAUAUUUGAUAUCCUUGAAGCACAGAAGGCUGAGUACAACAUGAAGGUUACAUUUCUUGAGCUAUAUAACGAGGAGAUAACUGACCUCUUGGCUCAGGAUGAGUCGAAGUUCCCGGAUGAUAAAUCUAAGAAACCCAUUGCUCUCAUGGAGGAUGGAAAAGGGGGUGUGUUUGUGAGGGGACUGGAAGAGGAGAUAGUCUGUACUGCUGGUGAAAUUUACAAGAUUUUAGAUAGAGGGUCUGCAAAAAGACGAACUGCUGAGACUCUACUCAACAAGCAAAGUAGUCGAUCCCACUCCAUAUUUUCCAUCACCAUUCACAUUAAGGAGUGCACUCCUGAGGGUGAAGAGAUGAUCAAGUGUGGGAAGCUAAAUCUUGUGGAUCUUGCUGGUUCUGAGAACAUCUCAAGAUCAGGUGCUAGAGAGGGUAGAGCAAGAGAAGCGGGUGAGAUCAAUAAGAGCUUGCUUACUCUUGGCCGUGUGAUAAAUGCUCUUGUAGAGCACUCUGGUCAUAUACCAUACAGAGAUAGCAAAUUAACAAGAUUGCUGAGGGAUUCUCUGGGAGGCAAAACUAAGACUUGCAUAAUUGCCACCAUUUCACCUUCCAUACACUGUUUGGAAGAGACACUGAGCACCUUAGAUUAUGCGCAUCGUGCUAAGAAUAUCAAGAAUAAGCCAGAGGUCAACCAAAAGAUGAUGAAGUCUGCACUUAUCACAGAUUUAUACUCUGAAAUCGUCCGCCUUAAACAAGAGGUUUUUGCUGCCAGAGAGAAGAAUGGAAUAUACAUCCCACGGGAUCGAUACCUACAUGAAGAAGCUGAGAAAAAGGCCAUGACAGAGAAAAUGGAGCGCUUAGAGCUUGAUAUGGAAUCCAAAGAUAAGCAAUUAGUCGAGCUUCAUGAUCUCUAUAAUUCUCAGUUAUUAUUAACUGCAGACUUAAGUGACAAACUGGAAAAGACCCAGAAAAGGCUGGAGGAUACUGAACAUGCAUUAUUUGACUUGGAAGAAAGAUAUAGACAGGCAAAUGCCACAAUUAAAGAAAAAGAAUAUUUGAUAUCUAACCUCCUAAAAUCUGAGAAAGCACUCGUUGAACGUACUUAUGAGCUUCGAUCAGAACUAGAGAAUACAGCAGCAGAUGUUUCUGGCUUGUUUUCUAAAAUUGAGCACAAAGAUAAGAUAGAAGAUGGCAACAGGGUUCUUGUCCAGAAAUUCCGGUCUCAAUUGACUCAGCAGCUGGAUAUCUUGCAUAAGACUGUCUCAGAUUCUGUAAUGCAACAGGAGAAUCAACUAAAGGAAAUGGAAGAAGACAUGCAAUCCUUUGUAUCUACAAAGGCUGAGGCCACAGAAGAACUUCGUGGACAGGUCAAGAAACUGCAAGAUAUGUAUGGCUCUGGCAUCAGAGCAUUGGAUGAUUUAGCCGGUGAACUGGAUAAGAACUCUCAAUCAACUUAUGGGAAAUUGAACUCACAAGUAUUGAUGCACUCUACCACACUUGAUGCGAGUUUUAAAGCUAUUGCUGGAGAAGCAGAUCAGUUACUUAAUGAACUUCAAGGCAGCCUUAAUAAGCAAGAGGACAAGUUGGCUGCAUUUGCACAGCAGCAGCGUAAGGGACAUCUCAGAGCUGUAGAGACAACAAGGUCUAUUUCAAAGAUUACAACUGAUUUCUUCCACACCCUUGAUGUGCAUGCUUCAAAAUUGAGCAAGAUAUUGCAAGAAACACAAGCAGUUCAAGAUCAGCAACUCUCUCAGCUAGAGAAGAAGUUUGAGGAAUGUGCUGCAAAUGAAGAAAGGCAGCUGCUUGAAAAGGUCGCUGAGAUGCUGGCUAGUUCCAAUGCCAGGAAGAAAAAACUGGUGCAAACAGCAGUCGAUAGCCUUCGAGACAGUGCAGCUGAGAGAACAAGUGAUCUGCAGAAAGAAAUGGCAACUGCUCAGGAUUUCACAUCAUCUGUUAAAGGUCAAUGGGUGGUUUAUAUGGAACAAACUGAAAAGCACUAUGUGGAGGAUACUGCUGCAGUGGAGAGUGGCAGAUGCUCCAUGGAAGAAGGAUUUAGAGAUUGCAUGGCCAAGGCAAGAAUGGGUUCAGAACAAUGGAGAAACGCGCAAAACUCCCUGCUGACUCUGGGGGAGAAGAAUUUAGCAUCUGUGAAGUCCAUUGUCAGAGACGGAAUGGAAGCAAAUGUACAACUCCGGUCUAGAUUAUCCUCUGCUGCCUCAACGGCUCUGGAAGAUGUUAAUAUUGCAAACAAUGGUCUACUUUCUUCCAUAGAAUCUUCUUUGAAACUCGACCAUGAUGCAUGCGCCAACAUGGAUUCCAUGAUUAUUCCUUCACAUGAGGAACUAAGGGAGCUAAAAGGCGGGCAUUAUCACAAGAUCGUUGAGAUCACUGCAAAUGCAGGAAAAUGUUUGGAAGAAGAGUACAUGGUGGAUGAACCUUCUUGUUCGACCCCGAGGAAACGAUCAAUCAAUAUACCAAGUUUAACAUCCAUCGAAGAGCUAAGAACUCCGCCUUUCGAGGAGUUAUUGCAGGCAUUCUGGGAGGCUAAGUCUGGUAGCAAGCAAGCAAAUGGAGGAGAUCUGAAGCAUUUAUAUGGUACAUAUGAGUCAGUUAAGGACUCCAGAGUUCCACUUACUGCCAUAAAUUGAAGAAAAACCAGGGGGGGAAGUGGUAAAAUUUUUAUGUACAGAUAUAAAGGUUGUUUUAGUUCGUUGCUAAGUAUUUUUAUUAUGUAAGCUAUUCAUUCGUUUUUCCAAUUUUUUUUUUGUUGGUUUUAUUUUUCUCAUUCCGAGAUAAAUGUGUGUGGAGAUAGAGAUACGUAUAUCGUUGCCUGACAUAACAAAUAUAUCUUUUUUUUUUUUAAACGAAUCAUGUGACUGUUAUUGUUUUUAUCA